AAUAGAUAAUGAUAGAGACCGCAGUGGCAGUCCCAUGAUGGCAGCAAAACACAGGAGAGGGGAGGAGGAAAGGCCGGCCAAGAACAGGAAAAAUGCCGCCUCCCACAAGGACAACAGCUCCUCCAGGACACAAAAGCAGGAGGAGGAUAAGCGGCCGUCCAUGCUGGCUGUCCUAAUCUGUGCGCUGUGCAUGGGUGUGGUGCACAGCGUCCAUGUGGCCACCAUGUUCGAGAAUGACCGCCACUUCUCACACCUCUCAAACCUGGAGCGGGAGAUGACGUUCCGCACGGAGAUGGGCCUGUACUACUCCUACUACAAGUCCAUCGUCAACGCUGACUCCUUCCUCGUGGGCCUGAACCGCCUCAUGCACAACAACCUCACAGAGUUCCCGGACAUCAUCAACACGCUCCAGCGCUUCAACCUCUACCCAGAAGUGGUGCUUGGUGGGACAUACCGCAUCUUCAACGCCAUGACAGCCUGGCUGGGCGUGGAGGCGCGGGAGUGCUGGCAGGUGAGUCGGGGCCGCGGCCUUUCCCCUGUGGUGAGCUGUGAGGGGCUGGGUGACCCUGUCUAUUGGUACCUGGCAGGGGUGUGGGUCAGUGCAGGCCUCACCGCAGCACUGCUCUUCAUCCAAGGCACCCUUCUGAGUGGCGACCUCCUCGGAGGCUUCCUCACCAUUAUCUGCUUCUUCUUCAACCACGGGGAGUCCACACGGGUGCAGUGGACACCACCCCUGAGGGAGAGCUUUGGCUUUCCCUGGAGUGUGGCGCUCAACGUGGCGGUGAUGCAGGUCCUUCGUGCGCCUCGCCCCGUCUGGAAGCAGCCCCUCCUGGUGGGCACCCUCACCCUCGCCUACCUCCUGUGCUGGCAGUUUGCACAGUUCACCACGGUGGCAGUGUUGGGCAUCGUGUACUCCCUCUAUGCAGUGGGGGUGGUGCCUGCCCUGCCCAUGCUGCUGGUCUUGCUGGGCACCUCCUACGGCUUCCUCAACAAUGUCGUGCUGCAAUUCGGCAACUCCCUGCUGGUGUCGUCUCCACUGGCCGGCUGCCUGCUGGGUGUGCUGCUUCUUUACCUCUUCCUGGAGCCCAUCUUCCAGCACCUGCCCUUCCCCUCUAAUACACUUGCCCAGCUCUCCUUCCUCUUCGUCUCCUGUGCUGCCUGCAAGAUUGAGCUCUCGCGCAUCUUUGGUGUGGAGGAUGACGCACACAUCCUCAACAUCUUGCGAGGAAAGUUCACUAACUACUCAGACUUCCACACGCUGCUGUACACCUGCUCCCCAGAGUUUGAUGUGCUGCCGCAGGAGUCCAUCCAGAAGCUCAACGAGACCUUGCUGAUCCCUGUGGUGGUCCUCGUGAUCCUGGCAGUGCUGGACCACACUCUGGGCCGCGUCCGGAGCAACAUGCUGCGGCGGCUGGAGGAGGAGGGAGAGGCGGCCCCUGCGGUGUGGAGUGGUGUGGAUCCGGCCGUGCUGUUCAAUGGGGCGCUGCUGGCCGUGUAUGCAGUCAUGGCCGGCCUUGUGAUGCGCCUCAAGCUGUUCAUGACGCCACAGCUCUGCGUCAUGGCUUCCCUGCUGGCCUGCAAGAAGUACUGGCGUCUCAUUGAGCGGCGGGAGGUGCACGUGGCAGUGCUGGCAGUGCUGGUGAGUGGCAUGUGUGUCCGGGGCCUGAGGAACAUCAGCGAGCAGCGGUCCAUCCAAGGCGAGUACAGCAACCCAGAGCUGGAGGAGCUGGUGGAGUGGGUGCAGAGUGAGACCAACCAGGAUGCAGUAUUUGCCGGACCAAUGUCCACCAUGGCCAACAUCCUUCUGUCGACGCAGCGGCCCAUCGUCAACCACCCACACUAUGAACACGCUGGCCUGAGGGAGCGCACCAAGAAAGUGUACAGCAUAUUCAGCCGGCGGUCGGCACAGAGUGUGUACGAGACGUUGCUGUCAAUGCGAGUGAAUUACGUGGUGCUGGAGGAGUCGUGGUGCAUCCGCAGGAGCCGGCCGGGCUGUGGCAUGGCUGACAUAUGGGACGUGGAGGAGCCCCAGAACAAACACAAACCUGCCCUCUGUCCACGGCUCUUCCACAGGAACCCUGCGCCCUUCCACCGUGUGUUUGCCAAUGACGUGUUUGUGGUCCUGCAGGUCCCCUCGCGCUACGUGGAGAUACCGCCGCCAAGGUAUCACAGUGCAUAGUGUCCUCGGGCCAGCCAGGAUGGUGAAACUUGUCCUAAAAGUGGUGCAAUGGACUCCUGCUUAUACUACAGCAGAAGUUCUACCAGGGCUGUGUAGGCCUGGGAGCAGUCAACAGGGGGUCCGUGACACUCUGUUUGAACUGAAGUUUGUUUGAUAUGUACUGUAAUAAUUCCUGUAAUAAGUGUAUAUAAUUCAAACAGGUAAAGUAGAGCCACCUAAGUGUGUGUGUGUUUGUGUGUAUGUGUGUGUGUGUGUGUGUGUGUGUGUUCUCUGGGGACCAUUCAGGUACGGUGGGGUCCUGAGCAACACUAGAUCAUAUAUUGUCUGAAAUUCUCUUUCCACAACAUCCACACAACCUCUGUGUGCCUCCAAACACACAAAAUGAAUCCAUACAGUCAAACCUCGGUUUACGAGUGCCUUGGUUUACGAGUGUUGAUUUACGAGCAAAAAAAUCUCACAAAAAAAUACCUCAGUUUACGAGUGGUGACUUGGUAUACGAGCAUCCUGUUUCCUAUUUUUAUUUAUUUAUUUAUUUAUUUAUUUUUUGCCACCUCUUGGGUGGGGACACAGGCUAUAUGGAGGCCGUCAUUGUCAAGUGUGUACGUCCCUUCGAGGAGGGACCACAAACCCUUGCCGGGCGACGGCUCAUGAUGCUGAUGGAGAGGGGAGGAUGCCGAUAGACCAACUCUAUCGGCUUACGUCAGCCUAGCCAACCAAUUCGGUCUUUCAACGAGGACUGGCGAGUCUCUUUGUACAAGUGGAAGAUGUGAGCGUGGGUUCCUUUUGUUCCCUGCAAGACGAGAAAGUUCAAAGCAGAAAACAAUGGGAAGAGAGCCUCAGUUGUGCUGCCAUCUGGAUCUAAAACAAAUAAGGAAGGCAACAUCCUAUUCUCCAAUACAGAAUGAAUCCAUAUUUUAAGGAACGGGUGGCAACCCUAAAAUUUCUCUGGCCUGCCACGACUGACAGCUGCUGCCUGCUGCUGGUGAAAGGAAAAGGAAGGGGAGGAGAGACGUUACUACGCGUAUUUUACACAUAUUUCAGGAUGACCCUUGACAAACAUAAUUUCAUGGACUGGUUUUGUGGUUCACCGUAAAAUGUGCUCCGUACAUUUUUAAAACUGCUGAAUUUUAUCUGCUUAACCAUUCAGACAGCCAAAUACGGAACAAAUGGCGUUCCGUAUUUUAAGGAAAGGGUGGCAAGUUUGCAACCCUAAGGCGUCAUCUGGCGAUAUAUGGCCUUCUUGAACGACCCCCAUUCUUGAGACUGUUUUGUACCUCCCUCCCGUGAUCCACCAGAGCACUCCAUCUUGUCCAUAUGACUGGAUGAACCAACACUAUGUAUUUCUCAUUUUGUCACUCAUCAAGGACAACACACGUUAAUUUAGUCACAUUUACGGGAUCCACAGUUCAUUAGGAGUAUUUCAGUAUCUGCUUAGCAUCAUUGCAUGCGGUGGAGUUUCUUAAAACGUCCUUUUUCUUUACAAAAUAUUGACAAAUGGCAUUGUUUAAUUUUCUUGUUUCUAACGAUGACGAUGAUGUUUUCAUGCCGGAAAGUUCUUACUUAUCCAGCAGUGAUGCUUUAUAAUGUGUUGUGGUGCAGCAGUAACACAACAGUAACCUCGUGAACUCUAUGUCCACCCCCACCUGGUAGGGUUACCUAUAGGAAGCUCAGGAAAUGAUCACCACCAUAGGCCUAUAUAAGUGCAGCCAUCAAGACAGUGGCUGUACCCUGCCCCACCGCGGCCUGCGCAGGACCCCCUAUUCUUGCCAAGAAUUGAGGGGAAUUCAUCGAAAUCUAACAAACCAGAACAAGAAACGCAAGAAUUUGCAAAAUUUUGGGUUAAUUCUUGCUUGGUCUUGGGUAAUUCUUCACCGUCAGAUGACGGCUUUAAUCACAGUCCACGUUGUAAACUCGUAGAAAUAGCAGCCGUUCACUCAUGUCAUGUUUUCAGCACAACAGUGUGAGUUCUUUGUGCUUUAACAAAGUUCCCAGAAAGAUGGUUAAAAGGGAUGGUGCUGCAAAGAAGAAAACAGGGACCGUGGAUACUAUGCUCGCAACAGGAACGGGGGCGAGCCUCGGCAUCUUAAAUGCCCUCCUGGACGUGAGAUUUCUGUUCACACUCCAUCUCGGAUGACACGCUGAGUUAGCUUCAGGUUGGUGGUCGAAUGUAGUUCCAGUGCCUCGAGAAUAUGGAAACUGCAGCUGCUAAACCCCAGUGCAAAGCCUACCCCUGGAGCAUAGUCAGCGGUUGCGAGAGUCUCCGUAACAACCGUAACACAUUGAUUUGUGUUUCAUAUUAUUUACCAUUGCUAUUUGUUAGUGAAUUUACUUUAAUUCUGUAAAAAAAUAACAUGUAAAAUUAUUUUUAUAUAAAUAUUUUUUUGAGAUAUGGGACGCAUUAACGGGAUUUCCAUUAAUUUCAAUGGGAAAGUUCAUUUUGGUUUAUGAGUGUUUUGGUGUGCGAGCAAUAUUCCGGAAUGAAUUAAACUCAUAAACCAAGGUUUGGCUGUACUUGGAAAGGGGUUACCGGUGCCUGGUAUCAAACCCAUGACCGGCCAGAUGGGAAGCCACUCCUUGACGGCUUAACCAGUUGGCUAAAUAGGAAUCCUACUCUGUGUAAGUUUGGGUGGCUUUCCUCACCAUGGGGGCCACUACAAUCAGACAUGCAGCAUGAUUCGUGAAUAGUGUAAGCCACAAAAUAUUUAACAAAAACUAUGUAGUAGGGUAAGCAGUUCUCAAAGUGCAAAAUACAAACCAAGAAGCAUUAAAGUUGAUGAAAACUGUGGUAUUAGAGCAAAAGUUUAGUGGUGUGGACCAGAGGUUACAUGCAUUAAAUAGCAUGAAUUCAGAUACUGCAAGCUCACGUAUCCACCAAAUGAUUGUGUUACUCGCGACCUUACUCUUCUUGCGUGGCAAGUUUGUUAUGGAGCCAGUAAUGAGUAUCUCUUCACUUGUUAAUGUAAGGAUAAAAAUGACCUGUUGAACUUGUUUAGGGGAGUGGUGGAACUGAGCAAAGGUUUACAGCAUUCACUUGAAAGAGCAAGGAAUUUCAUUGCAAGACUUGAGUUCUGAAAAUAAAUCAAAACACUGAAAUCAAAUCUUCCAGUAUACAACGUGCAACCUGUGGAUGCUGCGAUCCCUCAUCUGGCUGGGAGAGGCGAACUUGGCAGGACUGAGGAUGCAACUUUGAGUUAUUGUUUUUAUAAUUAUGUUGUAUCAAUUAAAGUCAGGCAUGAGGUCUUUACGUGGCCUGUGUCAGAUUAGGCAGCGUCUCUUGGAUGGCGUGAGUUUGUGAUUCAUUUUAUGGGGCAAAUCAUACUCCUGAGGAGGUAGUUCCUUGUUUCUUCAGUUCAAUCCUACCUUAAUUACGAGAAAAAGGAGUUGUGUUAUUAUUAUCAUUGCUAUUGUUGAUGCUUUGCUUUGAAGUCAUUCACAGUAUUAAUACCUGUCACCUGGGCUUCCUGUUACCAGAACUAUCUCACUCUUCCUGACUUACCUCAAAAUUGCUCACCCACUGCCCUCUAGAUGCAUACUGUGAUGAUGGGAAAUAGGUCUACAGUAUAGUGAUUGUGUUCUAUUAUAUACAUAUACAGGUAUGUAGUAUUACUUAUGGUAUAUGAUCAGGCAUGAAAUGUUAUGCAUACAGUGUGAGGCCAACAAAAGACUGGUUGAGAAAAUGUGUUGGUAGUGUGCAUUGGUAAACUGACUUGCUCAUGGCUCCAACAAGAACAGUACACAGCUGGACCUCAGAUAGUCACCUUCUAUCAGUCAUUUUUAUAGUGUAGACUCAUGCUCUUCAGUCGCUUCCGUUUUAUGAGUAUCAAAUGAUUGUUAAAUGAUUUGAUAUCUGCUUUUUAUACCUAGCCAAAAUUUGGCCGUUUUUCUAGCUUUUUAACUUGUCUAUUGGAAUUAAGCUUAAUGCUUUGCUCUAGAAAUUUGUUAAUAAUAUAAUAUUUUCACUUAACAGUAAAUGACAUUUUCAUUA